AUGGAGGAGGGGGGUGAGGGUCACCCGACCCGCAUGAGCCCUGCGAGUGGGCUGGAGGAACUUAAGGAAACGCAGGGGGCCAUUACGCCUGGUGUUGUGGUUCCCCCACAAAGUGCGGAAGCGCUUACCCCGCAACACCAGCAAAUCGUAGACGCGCUGUACGAUACGUGGUCAAACGAUCAGGAGCGUAGAAAAGAGUCUGAACGAAUCCUGAGCGAAUGCGAAAAGGAGGAACACUUUAUUCUAUACCUCCUAGACAUAUGCUGCCUGACAGAAGUGCACAACAAUGUGCGAAAGCUGGCAAUCAUCUACUCCAAAAAUUUGGUCAGUCGCUUCUGGAACUGUAAGGACAUCUUCCAUUUUAGUAACCACAUAAAGAAAAUGGUGAAGGAGAAAAUCUUGGAAAUCCUGGCCAACCGGAGCAUCGUCAGCAACUACUACAGGGAGUUCUGCAUCCUGUUGAGGAAAGUGGCUAGAUAUGAGUUGGUGAAUAACUUCCCUCAGCUUCUACAAUUCUUCGUUCAAGAGCUGAGUGCUUAUAGGGACAACCUGAACAUAUUGGAUAGGCACCACAUCACGGACAGCCUCUGCAAGCUAUACAUCUACAUGUACCUUCUGUACAAGGUGCUCCGGGAGCAGUACAGCAAGAAGCUGCUAAAAGACAAGAAGGAAACCUUCCACAUCUCACAGAAGUUUAUCGACUGCCUUUACCCCCUCUGGGAAAACAAUUUGAAUGUUUACUUUCAGUGCAAUAUGAACGAAGCAUGUAUGUGUGGUAGUGAAGGUACAUGCAACAAAUGCUUCGGGGAGUAUAGCGUUGUGAUGGAGCUUGAGGCGAAGCUGACGUUUUCGCCAGAUGUGAGUUCUUCUGAAUGUGUGGCUGCCCAUGGGAGGAGGAACAGCAGUAGUAUUGACGGGGGCGAGUCCAGCGAUGUGCAUUACGCGGGGGAAGCAUCCGCUGGGGGAAGCGACGCCUACUGUUGCCACUUUAACGCCGACAGUGAUAAAAAGGUGAAGAUCCUCAAAUUCAUGGACAGCAUUCUGCUGAACCUAAUUAUCAGCAGGGACGACGUUCAGAGGGAAAGUGGAAGAAUCUAUCAGGGGGGGGAAAGCCGCGUACAGGACGAUCUGUCCCAGGAAGGUGGAUCCCCCCAACAAGAUGGCGAGUGCGCCUUGCGAAAGAAACCCUUCCUGGACUGCCUCGCCAACAAAACUAUAUUCUACCUCAAGUUCGUGCGAAAGGAUUCCCCGUUGUAUUAUCUGAAGUACUUGAAGUUCCUCCUGAGUAGCUUCCUUCACAUUAUUGAAUUUCAGAGUGCCCUGCAUGAGUAUGUAAAAAAAGACACCACGGAGCAGUUCAUCUGUCUGUUCCUAAAAAAGCAUCUAAGUAAAGAUCUGUACAUAAACAGUGAUUCCUACGAAAGCAAAUUUGCAGAUAUCAUCAACAUAUGCAUUGGCAUCCUGAAGAGUCUCUUUUACCACUUCUGCCUAAGUCAGUACAAUCUGAUAAAGCAAAAGAAGGUUCGAGAAAAUUACCUAACGGUAAAAAGUAUGAUUAGCAAUCAGAAUACUUUCUGCGAAAACUAUACUGAAAAAACGGACCUGCAGACAAAAAUUAUUAACACCCUAGUGGUGAAUAUUAACAAUCUGGAGAGUGAAAAUAAAAAAGGGAGAGUAAAUAAAAACUACACCUUCAGGGAUAUAUUGACAUAUAUAAGGGAGGAGGUGAAGUAUGCACUGACUAGUGAUGACUAUAUUUUAAUGCACAAUCAGAAGGCUUUGGAGAUAUUUGAAUUUCUGAGAACGCAUUGCAUUAACAUGUCAGCUGAGCAAAUCAUGGACAUCAUGCUGAAUGUUAAGGACAAGGAUGGACAUGAAGUGGAAGAAAAUAUCUUCUACUCAUCUGCAAGAGAGUGUAUUAUCGAAAUAGCAUCCGAGCCUUUUCUCUUCUCAAUCUUUAGUCAUUUCUUCGAGCCUUUAAUUAAUUCCCUACAUAAUUAUGUUCACAUGAUUAAGUCCAUUCCGGACAAACUGAAGGACCUACAGGUUCCAGAAUUUUCAGAAUCAAUUAUUGAGUUGGAUGGAUACUUAAAUAUUUAUUACGUAUUGUAUUCAUCUUUACAUAAAAAAAUAAAAGCGGAACAUAUCCUUUGUAUGAUUCAGUUUUUCACCGACUACUUAUCUAUUCAGUUCACCCAUCCCUUGAUCAGUUAUCGCAUUGCUUUAAUAUUAAAAGUUUGGAUUAAGAAUUACAAGGCUUCCUUUCCUUUCAUUGAUGAAGUGACUGUGCUAAUUUUUGAAAAUAUCCGCUUGCUAUGCAUGCACUUGUCUCCCAAGUGUGUCGUGGGUUCUCUGCUUCGGACUCGGACUUCAUCAGAUGGCUUGGGUGAGAGGGUGACUCCCCCGGAAAACCACUACGCCGCCAUGUCGGCCAAUUUCCUACCCCUCGUCUUUUUCAAAUUUGUAUGCUUGUUCAACUACAUAUUUAAAUAUGAAUAUGUCUACGAGAACUACGACUUUAUUAACGAGAUUCUGGUGGGCCCCCUAAUAAGUUUACUCACGCAGAUCACCUACCCAAAGAGCAUCCAGAAGAUCCUGCAAAUCCUCAGCCACAUCGUCUUCAUCAGCAACAAAGAAAAGGACAUAACAAUUUUCAAGGACAACUACAACUUUCUGCUCGACCUCUACAAAACCAGCAACCUCUCUAUCAAGGAGUACAUGCUCAACAUCCUCGUGCAGAUACUGAACAAGAAUUACGAGUUUGCCUGUGGCUUGGUGGAAUUCACUCCCCACGAAGGGAGAGGACGCCACGAAGUAGCUAGCAACUCUGCUUCCAUAAGCACCCGUGGUGAUGACAACCAUAAGCAGAGUUAUUAUCCCCCCCAAGGUGGAUCCCCCCAUGGAGGUGUCCUCAAUAAAGGGGGAGACGAUUACGUACUCUUCUACUUCAGCUUGGACGUAAUAGCAUAUACAAUAGUGGGGAGGAAAAUCGCCGAGCAGCCUUCACAUGCAGAUGAAGGUAUACAAUACCCAUUGAAUCCCCGCGCCCUCCUCCCGUGCGGAGGAGAUAACUACCAACCCCCUAGCGAGCUAGCCAACGAAGUAAAUUUGUAUGUAGACCAAACCAUUAGUGACAGUUUCUACACACUGUGGUUGUGUAAUCUGAAGAUCAUCUCUAAAUUAUUCUCCGCAAAAAAUGGAGAAAUAAUUAAAAGGGUUUGUUCCUUAUAUGUACGGACAGUCCACGUGAUAAGCGAGCACUUUAAGAGGAAGGUCUCAAACGAGAAGACGCACGAAAUGAGUAGCUCAUGCUUUGAUGUCCUCAUGGAAUAUAUGUGUCUGUUCAUUCUGCACGAGACGCACACUUUUUACUUGACGUACGAAUCAGUUUCAACAAAUAUGUUGACUAACGAAAUUUUGAAACCCCAAUUGUUAGCAAUUGUUAGAAAUAACUUUACCCUGGAUGAUGAAGGGAACAUGGAGAGAUGCAUCUACAUUUUGCACGUAUGCAUGGGCUUGUAUAAAAACAGAUUGAAAGAUGACAUACCCAUGCUUUACAACUAUGUGGCAAAUUUUGUAAUAAUAUAUUUAUUGAAGGUGGUGGUAAAGUACAUGGGGAAGUUGUUCCCUCUCUAUACGUGUUUCGAAGGGUCACCCAAGGGGGGUAGGAGCAGCGAAAAGGGAAGCGAAAGGGAAAGUGAAAAGGGUAGCACAGGGCAUCUACAAGGAGAGAAGGGCAGAGAGGGACCUGGCCGAAGUUUCCUGCAGUGGGAGAGACCAGCAGAGUUACUAUCCCAAGCAGAGGGACACGGAUCGAAGAUGAACAAGGAAGAUGCAACACACCACAAGUUCAUGACGCACAAUGAAAGGCAAACGAAGUACAUAUACGACAAUGUAUUGUCCUAUCAGCGUGAAGAUAGUUUCGAUACUCACUUUGGCUUUCUGCAAAAUGAUCUGAAGCAGCUUCUAGGGAUAGAAUAUCUAAAGGACUACGACCUCGGAGCAGUCUUUAGAAAUUAUAACUUUCACACAGUCAAUGAGGAUAAUUACACCUACGUGAACAAACACACGGUGCUUACACUGAUAGCUAUUUUGUCACUGGAUGAAUCUUAUCUACUUCAUUAUAUUUUAAUUUGUUUCCUAGUGUACUUUCGAAUCAAUGUACCCCUGUUUCUGUCGUCCAUCUUUUGUCAAGCCCAGUACAUACACAACAAGAGCGUCAUGAUGGCAUUGUUGCUGUUCAUUUAUGUACUGACGGAGAAUUAUCUUUUUCGUGACUUUGUACCCUCCCUUGUUAGAUCCCACUUACGAACCACCAGCAGUAGUAGCACCCCCUACCUGGAAGAACUACUGUACGACAAGAACAAAUGCUCUGACUUGUUCGCCUGCACAAGGGAGGAUUACACAUAUCUCAUAAUACAGUUGCUUAAGCUGAUUAAUACGAUCCUGAACACGAGCAGGGACAUAUACAUUGAGAAGAAGAACAUCCUCCACCUGAACACCGUUUCGUCCAACUUGAGCGCAACGAAAAUGUACCACUCCGCUGGAUACAACUGCGUCAUGCGCGGAGUACUCAAGUACGACGACCUCCCGGACGUGUGCAACAAAGCCCUCGAUAACGUCCUGGCCUUCCUGCUGGACAUGAAGAACUCGGACGACCAAAACGCCACAAGGGCCAUUGUUAACUACUUGCGGGAAAACGUCGAGGGCAUGAACGUAGCCCUUGUCAACAUGUACAAAAAGUACUUGGGUUAUCAAUAG